GAUUUGAUUUCAAACCGUUGUAUUUUUAAAAGUUUAUUGUCGUGAAUUGUGCUGUUAAAAAGAUUGAAGAUAAUUUUAAUUAUUGUACAAUCUUUUUAUGUGUGUUCAUAUUUGCUAUUCUUGUGUUUAGCUACACGAAACUGACACCAAUGUCAGGCCUGACAAAACAAGAAGCCACAUAUUGGUCUUAAAAGAAAACCUGACAUCUGACAAUUCCCUGGUCAGCCCGAAAAUAGUGAAAACGGGGGAUAUGCAAGCUUUGUAGGUGUUACUAGAGAGCAGAGGUGUUUUUUCUCGAAGGGAAAAGAACCAGCAAGAUGGUGGAGGGAGAUAAUAAAGGAACUAUUGACACAGUGCAAGUAGCACUUCGGAUCAGACCAUUGAUGCAAUUGGAGACUGACAGAGGAUGUGAGGAGUGCAUUGAAGUGGUGAAUGGGCAGCCUCAAGUCCAGAUAAAGGAUCUGGCAUUCACAUAUAACUAUGUUUUCCCCCAACACAUAACUCAGCAGGAGUUUUAUGAUACAGCAGUUAAAGGUCUUAUAGGAAGGCUAUUCCAAGGUUACAAUGUGACAAUACUUGCAUAUGGGCAGACAGGUUCUGGCAAAACUUACACAAUGGGUACCAACUACUCAGGCUCCGACGGUGACUCUACUAAACUGGGUGUAAUACCCCAAGCAGUGGCAGACAUAUUUGACUUUAUAGAGGCACAUGAAGAUAAGUUCAUAUUCAAAGUGAAUGUAUCCUUCAUGGAGUUGUAUCAGGAACAGUGUUAUGACUUGCUCUCCGGCAAGGAGAGGGGACACAGUAUUAUAGAGAUAAGGGAGGAUAUUAAUAAGGGGGUCAUUUUGCCAGGUAUAACAGAACUGCCAGUAACAUCCACAAUGGAGACCAUGAUGGUGUUGGAGCGAGGGUCAUCAGGCCGAGUGACAGGCUCCACAGCCAUGAACCAGGCAUCCAGCAGGAGUCAUGCUGUCUUCACUAUUGUUAUCUGCAAAGAGAGUAGGACUGAUAAAAACUUAGCCACAACAUCGAAGUUCCACUUGGUAGACUUAGCAGGGUCUGAGCGUAUAAAGAAGACGAAGGCCAGUGGCGAGCGUUUGCGGGAAGGCGUGAAGAUUAAUCAGGGGUUACUGGCUCUUGGCAACGUUAUAUCGGCUCUAGGAGAUGGAACCAAUAGGAGCUUUAUCAGUUAUAGGGAUAGCAAGCUUACUAGGCUUUUGCAAGACAGUCUCGGCGGUAAUUCCCUGACUCUAAUGGUAGCGUGUGUGAGUCCGGCGGACUACAACCUGGACGAGACAGUGUCGACGCUGCGGUACGCCGACCGAGCCCGCAGGAUACGCAACAAGCCCAUCAUUAACCAGGACGCUAAGGCCGCUGAGAUUGUCAGGCUAAACAACUUAGUAAAUGAACUAAGGCUACAACUCCUAGGCAAAAUGCCAACCAUCUCUGAACAGAAUAACGAGCAGCUCCAAGAAGAACUAGACAGAGAGAAGGCCAGAUAUGCAGAACUAUUGAAAAAGCACAAGCAAGUAACAGAACAUUUAAGCAACAUGUUGAUAGAAAACACGAACCUUUGCGAAAAGGCUUUAUUAGCAGAAGCAGCCAAAGACAAGAUAGAGCGCAAACUCAACGAGCUGACAGAACAAUGCAACCAGACCAUAGAGAACUUGAACACCACAGACAAAGAUGAUGAACAUCAAAAGACAACAGUUGUGGACUACUUGAAAGAAAUAAAAACUCGUUUGGAAGACCUACAGUCUGUUAAUUUGAAGAGUAAUGAAGAGUUGAUAGAUCAUGAGAUUAAGCUGUCGUUUGUGAAUGAUGGUGAUCAUGAGAAGGUGGAUGAUGAGAUGCCUAUGAAUGAGGAUCAGGCUGUUUUGGAAGAGGAGAAGAGGGCUAUGGGACAGGUGGCUCUUAACCAAGAGCUACAAGAACUGAAUCGUGCGAUGGCUAUCAAGGCAUCAGUAGUGCAGGCAAUACUUGCCAACAAUAAGGACAUGCUGGAGAGCCACAAGAAUUUGCGGGAAAAUGAAGAGAAGAUUGCACAUUUGGAGAAGGAACGAGAUGAGCUGUUGCAGCAGUUGAAGCAGACUAAGAGCAAAGACCCAUCUCACGAGGAGCGUCGCACGAAGGUGUCUACGCUCGAGCACCAGAUAUCCGACCUCAAGAAGACUUGCCAGCAACAAGCUCACAUCAUCAAGACUAAAGAAAAGAAUGAGGCCAAGAUCGCAUCGCUCAAUGCUGAGCUACAGGCUAUGAAGGCUACUAAGGUUAAAAUAAUAAAGCAAAUGCGCGAAGAAAGCGAGAAGUUCCGCAAAUGGAAGGCGGACAACGAGCGAGCGAUGCUUCGCCUUCGCAACGAGGACCGCAAGCGAGCCACCGCCAUGGCCAAGAUGGAGUCGCUACAUGCUAAGCAGCAGAACGUGCUCAAGCGGAAGAUGGAGGAGGCUGUCGCUGUUAAUAAGAGGCUCAAGGAAGCCCUAGAGCGUCAGAAGUCCACACAAAUGAAGCGCAACGCGAAAGGCAGCGUGAAGGCCGGCGCGGUACAACUGUACAUCGAACAAGAGUUAGAAGUCCAUCUCAGCAUUGUCGAGGCUGAGAAGUCGCUUGAAGAGUUGAUGGAGUAUAGGGCGUGGAUAACAGAACAAAUAGAGAACCUUCGCAACAGCACGGACGAGGAAGCCAACAGAAAAAAGAUAGCUGAGCUAGAAGAUGACUUGGCGUUGCGUAAGGCGCAGAUAUCUGAUCUGCAGCAGAAGAUAUUGACGGCUGAUCAGGAAAACAAAUCCCGCACCCAAUGGGACAACAUACAAUCUAUGUUAGAAGCCAAAGUAGCCCUCAAAUGUUUGUUCGAGCUCCUAGUAGACGCCAAGAGGGAGUUGACCAAUCAGAGCGAGAAGGGCUUCCAGGCCAGAUAUGAGGAGAUCAAGGAGGCUCAUGAUAGACUGGCGAUGGACUUCGAGAAUAGUAAGGCGGAGUUUGAGAGGCAGCUGCAAAUGGUGAAGUUGCAGAGUGAACAGAAGUUAUCAGCGCUCGUAGCGCUACAACGCGGCGUGGUAGGCAAAGGCGACAAGAGUGAAGCCUGCAAGCACCUACAGAACGUCAUUCAGUACCAACAAGAGAGGCUGGAACAAGUCGAGGAGGAAAAUAAAAAGUUAGUAGACGAGCUAGAACAGCUGAGGUCAGCUGGCAAGAAAGCUAAGAGGAAGCCUAAGAAGGAGCCUGAGGUAGAACCUGUGAAGAAGUUGGAGUACGUUGAGCCGACUGAUGAGGAGGACGAUGAGUUUGAGGACCGGGAGAAGGAUCCCGAUUGGAGGGCCACGCCGCUGUUUAAACGUAUACAGGCGCAACGUUCCCGUCUGACAAUGAACUUCACUCAGGCUGACGUGUCCGUCGCCGAGACGUCCACUCGAGCCGUCAAGCGAGGUUCUGACGGCGCCGCCCACUGCACCUGUAGAGGCAGCUGCUCCACUAAGAUGUGCGGCUGUGUCAAGUCGGACAAAGGCUGCAGUGGUACCUGCAGGUGCCAGCCGGAACUCUGCAAGAAUAGACGAGUGUCCUCUGACAGUGAGGAUAAGGAGAAUAAUCCAUCAAGCACGGAGUUAUCGCUCGACACGACGCCUCCGUCCUACUUCGACAAACGAGGACACCUUGAUGCUACGUACGUAAAAAAGAAGAAAAGCUAUUUUUUCCCGCAUGAUCAGGGAAUGGCGACCUCAACGCAAUAAGACUGACUAACCUUCCUGGAUCUAAACUACAUAGCAGUAACUAAAAAGAAACUAAUUUUAGAGCUUAUACAAUAACUUGAAAUUAAAGUGCCUCAUAUUUUAAUACACACAUUAAUAUUUCUUUUAAUAUCCUUAUUGUAAUCUAAAUUAGGUGUUAAAUGUAUUGACAUGUAAUUUAAAGAAAUUAUUUUACUAUGGAAUGGAUUUAUGACAGUCGCCAUCGAAAUUUCGUGUGCAUGAAUCCAGUCUGAAUGACAUUUUGUUUAGGAGUAGAUCUCCGAAUAAAUAUUUAUUAUUUA